AUGGCUAUUAAAAAAAUCCAACCAUCUCAAUCAUUCGCAAAAAUAAUAAGGAUGGCUCGCUUCAUUUCCGGAGUGGUCGGCGCUGACGUCUCCAAUAUGGAUUAUAAAAUCAACAUUAUUACCGUUAUAGUGAUAAUCUGUAUUACCAUUUAUUUCAUCUUCACUGCUUCAACGGUAGCGAAUGUAUUUUCGGAGAAUUGGAAAUACAUGUUGGAAGCAUCCUGUAUGGUGGGCAGCGUAUUUCAGGGCAUCACCAAACUUAUUUCGGGGAUCUGUUACACGAAAUCCAUCUCUGGAAUGCGCUUGGAAUUAGAAAAGCUCUAUAUUGAAUACGAGGCUAAGGGUGAGGGCUACUGUAAGGCUUUGAAUGAGUGUUGCGAGCGCGUAUGGCAAAUUAUAAAACUGGUCGGCCAACUCUAUGCUGCCUCAGUAUUUGGUAUACUCCUUUUAACUGCCAUUUUGGUCAUCGUAACUGACAAGCAAGUUUAUGUAAUGCAUUUCUUUAUACCUGGAAUCGACGUCAAUACGCAUUUUGGUUAUUUGACUACAUUGAUUGUGCACACUGUGGUGUUUUUAGCUGGCGGUUUUGGUCUCUUUGCAGGAGAUUUAUUCUUCCUGAUUUACCUAGGACAGCCAGAAUUAUUUCGCGAUCUUUUGGUAUUAAAAGUAAAAAACCUAAAUGAGGUUUCUGCCGAACGCAAUGUAAUAACUGAAAAACUAUUGAUCGAUAUUAUUGAAUGGCAUCAAUACUACACAGAUUACAACAAGCGUUGCAAUCGAAUAUUUUAUUAUAUAAUCACCAUGCAAAUUGUGACAUCGGGCAUUUCAAUCAUUUGCACUAUGUAUAUUAUUUUAAUGGGAGAUUGGCCAGGCGCAUACUUGUAUAUUAUGGUCGCCGUUUGUGGACUUUAUCUUUAUUGUAUUAUUGGCACAAAAAUCGAGACUUGUAAUCAAGCGUUUUAUGAGGAGCUUUACAACAUUAACUGGUACAAUUUGGACGUGAAAAAUCAGAAAAUGAUGGUAUUUAUUUUGAAGAAGUCCCAAAGUCCCAGUGAAAUAAAAAUUGGCGGAGUCUUGCCACUAUCCGUACAAACUGCUCUUUCGAUAACAAAAUCGAUUUACGGAUUAUUUACAAUGAUGUUGGGCUUUUUGGAUGAGGAGCAGUGAAGAGAU